AUGCCACCGGGUGUCGAAGCGGAGGAUCCCUUGUUGGAACCUGCCAUUCUGGUGGCUGGAGGGUGUUCUUGCUGCAAACAAUACUUCAAUUCGGAAGACUUGAAGUAUUGCACUGCCUGUAAAACGGGAGGCCCGUAUUGUGGCAAAACUUGCUUGCCAGGCCAAAGCUUGGAAGUCCGGACACAAGAAGCAAUGCAAGAAGAGCAAUGGACCCAAAAAAGCAGAUGCCUUUCCAUUGGUGACAUUGCAAGGGAGGGGUUCGAGGAAGCGGGUCCCGGUGUCAUGGUGUUGCACCUCGAGCAUGGCACGGACUUGGAACAGUUUAUUGUGGAAAUUCAAACUUGUGUGACUGGUACCCAGGUUCUAGAUUUUGAUGGCAUUGGUCUCCCAGAAAUUGUAUAUGUGGAAUACCCAUUCAAGUACCCUAGCCCCUUUGGUCCCUUUGACAUGACCAAGGACGACUUGCAACGUCGCUUCAAAGCGUUGGACAUGGAUUCCUUCAUGAAGAAUCUGACCAUGUCUCAGUAUGCACUGGGUAUAACUGUCGGAACAGAUCCCACUUUGCACCUAAUAAGCUUUGAGCAGAACACAACCGGAAUCCCAAAAUCGACAAAGCUGGUUUCUUCCAUAUCCCGUGGAGAAACGUUGCGGGCGAGAAUAGAGACCAAUGCUGCCUUCUCUCAGUGUCGAGAGUUCAUGGGCAAAUUUAAAGUCAGACCUGGCGUUGUAUGGAUCAGAAAUAUAUUUGACCACGAUAGGAACUAUUUCGAACGAACUGAACUAGAAAAAGUGACCCCAGAAUUACUACUGAAAGAUUUGAUUCAACAUCAGGUAGAUAUGGGAAGACAGGCCAUGGAGUUCUCUUGCGCUUGCCGAUUUGUAAGCGAAGAUGGAACUGGUGGUGCCGCAAACGAGGACUUUGGUGGGGAGUGUCCAGCUUGGUGGUUGGCAUUCGUGGAAGAUCGUCUUGAAGAUAUCACGGACCCAAACACUCUUGUUGGGUACUUUGAGACCGCUCUAUUCAGUAACAGUGAUUCGAUCAGUUCUCAGAUAUUUACAUUCAAGCUUUCGUGA